AUCGAGCAUUCCAACGAUAUCGAGGCCUUUCAUAAGAUGUUUCAGUAUCUCGAAGAUAGCACAAUUCGUGCUGAUAAAUCAGAUAUGUGGGCUUGUGUGACGCAAGUUGCCGUGAGAAUUUUCCAACGUCUAAUUCAACGUCUGAACAAAAUGUCACCAACUCAGCAGGGUCCGCCGUCUCAAUUCCUUUACAAAUUUGUUUUAUCCCUCCAGAAAUUCGUUUUCCUAUUAAUUUCUGGAUUGAGUGAUCGAAUUGUUGUUGCAAUAUCUGUGCCUGAGCAAGAAUAUAGCCCCAUUAUUGAAUUCUGUGCCCCAAUGAACUCAAAGCGUGAGGAGUUAGUGGACAUGCACGCACAAUUCCUAUUGGUUAAGUUCAAUCAUAUUCAGAAGGGGGUUCGUGUCGUCGCAGACCAGUUCUUGAGCGAUCUAGCUAGAGUAUUCCCACACAUUAUGUGGAGUGGAAGAGUGCUGUUCACCAUGCUUGAUAUCACCGAACUCCUUGCGCAAUCCCUUGAAAUUGGAAUGAAUCACGUUCCACCGGUCUACACUGUUCCCGACACUCCAUUUUACCUAUCUGUCAUGGAGACACGGCAAGACCGUCAACAAAUUCUCUCCGACUUCGUUAAGCGUUGCACAUCUGUGAUUGAAGAGGGUCUUAAAUGGACCCCGGGUUUGGUUCGGUCUCAUCUCGCCGAAUACGCUCUUCAAAGAGAGCACUCUUGGCAGGGUCUUCAUCGACACACGGGUUUAGCACUCGCUUCUGAACUCGUUUUCAAUUACAAUGGACCACCAAGCCGUAUUAUUCACACUGUCUUACCUGGGGUUAUGGAUAAACGACCAAAUUCUGCUCGGUAUGACUACUCGAACUUUAUCUGCAAUUUGACUUUACGCAGUAAAUUCCUCGGACAAGUCAGUGGUUUGGUCAAAGAGAAAUCCGAUCUGAAUUGUGCUGCUGUUAAUGCUAUUCAGGAUUUCGAAUGCGCCUGUGCUAAAGCAAAAGUGAAAGGAGAUCAGAUUAACGCCUCUAGUCCGGAAUUUGAAGCUAUUCAAACUAGUCUCUUUACUAUCACAGCUCUUUUAGUCGCUCGUGAUGACCGAUCGUCAUCAAUCGCGUGUAAAAUAGAUAAUGUUGAUGAGACUUUCGAUUCCGAUCCGGUGGUGUGCUCUUGUGGAUCACAACCCUUCAGUCCUGCUCUUCAGCGUAAACAGGCCUUCGUGAUGCAGGGAGCAAUGGUACGAAAACUCCUCCAACAACUCUGUCGUGCUCCCAUCAAGAUAUUCACCCCGAUGAUGGUUGAAUUGGCCAUCUCCUGUUGGUACUGGCUUUUGGCUGCUCGUGCUAAUCUCAAGCUUCAAUUCACAUGUGAAAUGAACGCUGCUUGGAAAUCCACAGUAGACCAGGGAAUGGGCGCGUUUUCUGAUGAAGCUGAUGGUUUAGACAAGGAUAGCCCACUCAUGAUGCUCUCCGAACGUGAAACUUCUUCAACAAAACGAAAUUACGCUCUUCCUCACUGCCUAUGGGCAGACUUCCUUUCAGAACGUCUUUAUGUGGCUCAGUCCUCUAGUCAAGAGGAAAUUAAACUCUACGUUAGUCUUCUUCAACACAGCCUCUCGGGAGAAGUGGAUUAUCUUGCUAGGAGUCGAGACAAUGGAACAGGAACCGGGUUGAAUAAGGUAAUGAUCCCCGUUCGAGCUCGUCUCUCGCGUUCAAUGGCCGCAAUGGGUGUCAGGUUCCGCCUGGCCAAAAUGGCUCUGGGAUUGUUGCAAAGUGCCAUAGCAGCCUACACCACCUCGAAUGAUUUUAUUGAUAACCUCUCAACUGGAAGCGGGACAACUGGUGGAGGUGCCGGUGUUCAAGCCAAUGUUUCUCCCACCCCUGUAGUCGGACAGUCGAAUAUGGCCGUCUCUUCUAUGGGCGCGGCAGCCACGGACUUAGGUGGUACCGGGUCCUUCUUAUUCUCUAAAAUUUCUCCAGUUCCCACUGCGCUUAUACUUUCACCGAUUGUACGAUUGUCUCUUCGAGAAAAAGUCUACUCGACUUUGAUUAACUACUUCAGUACGGAGCCAUCAUAUCCCCUGAAAACCGGAAUGCACUUGCGUGAUGACAUCCAAGUUCUAAUCGGAAUUCGAAAUGCAAUAAUCGCUGAACGUCGUUACCUCUCCUGUCGUCGGCUAAUUAGUGAAGAGGCUGAUGCAUUGACCCAGAUUUCGGGUCACGGUGGUGGGGGCGUUGCUGAUAUAAGUUCCCAAAUAGGUACCCUAAGUCGUCUCGAUCCCAUGGGUACAAUGAAUUCAGCAUCCAAUGUGGUUUUGCCCGCAGGUCAUUCUAUAAUCCGAUCAUCCAGUUUCCAUUCCUCCACUAUGAAUGCUUAUCAUCCUGGCGGCUGCGGUGGUCAAGCCCAUCUCAUGAUGGCAGCGACAAGUCCUGGCGUUGCUGGAAGAUAUCGCAAUGGAGGUGGUUACUCUGGUGUGCCUCAUUUCGUCACAGCACCUGUGGCAGUUGCAUCAGCGGCCACUAUUAACUCGAAUAAUGAGGUGGCCGCGGGGACGUGUAAUGCUUACUCUUCCUGUCCCUCGGGAAUGGUGAAUGGAAGUAACCAGUUGAGGCCAUAUGCAACCUAUGCGGGAACAGUUUCUCUCCUCUCGAAACGGUCAUCCGCGCUAAGAUGCACACCAAGAUUAGAAUAA